AUGUCAGUGGCAGAAGAAAAAGGCCCCGCAGGUGGGAAAGAAGAUUACACUCAAGAUGGCACUGUGGACUUAAAAGGUAGACCCAUUUUAAGAUCAAAGACUGGACGAUGGAAAGCUUGUUCCUUCAUAGUAGGGUAUGAAGCGUUUGAGAGGAUGGCUUACUACGGGAUAGCAUCAAACCUAGUGGUGUAUCUAACAACGAAGCUUCAUGAGGGCACUGUGAAAUCUUCAAACAACGUUACCAACUGGGUGGGUUCAGUGUGGUUGAUGCCACUUGCAGGGGCUUACAUAGCCGAUGCCUAUUUUGGUCGAUAUUGGACCUUUGUAAUUGCAUCCUUCAUUUAUCUUUUGGGAAUGAGUUUGUUGACUCUAGCAGUUUCACUACCAGCACUGAGGCCACCACCAUGUGCUCAAGGCGUGGCAGACCAGAGUUGCCCUCGGGCUUCAUCGUUCCAAAGGGGUAUAUUCUUCUUUGCCUUAUACAUCAUUGCAAUGGGCACAGGGGGAACCAAGCCCAAUAUUUCUACUAUGGGAGCAGACCAAUUUGAUGAGUUUGAGCCUAAAGAGAGAUCCCAUAAGCUUUCCUUCUUCAAUUGGUGGUACUUUAGUAUUUUCUUUGGUACCCUUUUCUCCAACACUUUCUUGGUUUACAUACAAGACAAAAGGAGUUGGACCGUUGGAUAUGGGAUUCCAACCCUUGGGCUUGCUGUUUCAGUAUUGGUGUUUCUGCUAGGAUCUCCAUUUUAUAGGCACAAAUUGCCUUCUGGUAGCCCUAUAACAAGGAUCCUUCAGGUAUUUGUGGCUGCUGGGAGGAAGCGGAAGGUACAUGUCCCAGAUGAUCCAAAAGAGCUACAUGAACUUAACAUAGAAGACUAUACAAGUAACGGCAGAAACAGAAUUGAUCGCAGCUCUGCAUUAAGUUUCCUUGACAAAGCAGCUAUUAAGACUGGACAAACUUCAUCGUGGAUGCUUUCUACAGUGACCCAAGUUGAGGAAACCAAGCAAAUGAUAAAAAUGAUACCUAUUUUGAUUACAACAAUUAUUCCAAGCACCUUGACAGUUCAAGCGAACACACUCUUCAUCAAACAAGGCACCACCCUAGACAGGAGUAUGGGACCCCAUUUUGAUAUCCCUCCUGCAUGUCUUACAGCAUUUAUAACUAUCUUCUUGCUGUUAAGCGUUGUAAUCUAUGACCGACUUUUUGUUCCUGCUCUCCGACGCUACACAAAGAACCCCAGAGGGAUCACAAUGCUGCAGAGAAUUGGAAUUGGCCUUGUGCUGCACGUGAUUCUCAUGAUCAUUGCAUGCUUUGCUGAAAGAAAGAGACUCAGUGUUGCAAGAGAAAACAACCUCUUAGGCCAGCAUGAUACAAUUCCACUCACUAUUUUCAUUCUCCUCCCUCAGUUCGCCUUGGUUGGGAUUGCUGAGAGCUACAUUGAUAUUGCCAAGAUAGAGUUCUUCUAUGAUCAAGCACCAAAUGGCAUGAAAAGUUUGGGAACAUCAUAUUUCACAACCACCUUGGGUCUUGGAAGUUUUUUCAGUAGUUUUCUUCUAUCAACUGUUGUUGAUAUCACCGAGAGACAAGGUCACAAGGGUUGGGUUUUGGAUAAUCUAAACGUCUCCCAUUUAGAUUAUUAUUAUGCAUUCAUGGCUGUACUAAGCUUUAUCAACUUCCUUUGCUUUUUGGUUGUUGCCAAGUUGUUUUCCUAUAACGUUGAUGCAACAGAAAACAAAUCGGGCUUGGAGAUGAUUUCUGCUUCAUCUCCAGUAAAGGAAUAAGCCAAAGCACUCCACAACCAGAUGUCAAGUGCUAAGGA